GUUGACCAGAACGUCGAGAUAGGAAAGUCACUUUUUGAUCAGGAGGGUGCCAAGAUCGUCAAGGAAUUGCUGGCUAAGGCCAAAGAAAAAAAUGUCAAGAUUCAUCUGCCUGUAGAUGUUGUAGUUGGCGAUAAAUUUGCGGAAGGCGCGUCUUCCAAAGUAGUCACGCUUGCUGAAGGAGUUCCGGCAGAUCAUAUGGGUUUGGAUGUUGGACCAAAGAGUGGGGAGUUAUUCGCUGAGGUCAUUGCUCGCGCAAAAACUAUCGUUUGGAACGGUCCUCCUGGAGUUUUUGAAUUUGAGGAGUUCUCGCAUGGAACGAAGACUAUGAUGGAUGCCAUUGUUAAGGCAACUGCUGGUGGAGCUGUUACAAUCAUAGGUGGUGGUGAUACUGCAACUGUUUGUAAGAAGUUCAAUACUGAGAGCAAAGUCAGUCAUGUAUCGACUGGUGGAGGUGCUAGUCUCGAGCUUCUCGAAGGGAAAGUGCUGCCUGGAGUUGAAGCGCUCUCACCCGCUGUUUGA